AUGGCGAAGCUGAAAGUGGGCAUGUUUGAAUGCCACGGCUUCGACAUCAUCAGCAAUACCACGGCCGACGAAUUGUUCAAGGACUUUCCGGAUGUUGUCGCGAUGCUCAAGGACAAAGUGCAUGUUAUACACCAGGAUCUCUAUGUGAAGAUGGUCAGAGGCCCGAUAGGCCACGAUGCCUCGUCACCUUCGACAGAUCCCAGUUCGCCGCUCUACAAAGGGAGGCAGCAGAUUAUGAAGCAUCUUGUCAACGCCCCUGUCUUCGUGGAUGUGUGGAAGAAGAUCUUCGAGAUCAACAACUUCGCACACUACGACUACACGUGCAAGCUGGAUGUGGAUGCAGUCAUCGUUCCAAAGCGAUUAUCUGGCUUGCUCUCCAGUCGGCCAGUUGCCCCGGAAUAUUUUUUGAACUCGAUGCACGACAUGUAUGGCAAUUUCCUGCACGGGCCAGUGGAGUUGAUCUCAAAACUGGGAAUGUAUGCAUACCGAGAUGCAAAGGAGCAGUGCUACUUGAGGAUCGACGAACGCAGCUAUGGAGAGGACUUCUGGGCCAACAAGUGCUGGUCACUGCUGCAAAUCCCUGCGGUGAGGACGAAUGAAGUGCCGCUGCUCUAUGACGAGUAUGAGUGGGGCACAUCUGCCCAACAUCAUUGUUGGGAACUAAAUCCGGAUCCAGCCGUUUACAACGAGAACAUGUACUUCGGAGUGUACCACCCGAGAAAGAACAUGGAGGACUGGCUGAACUGCCGUAUGCAAACGGGAGUCCCGAAGAUCAUCACCGAGGAGCAGAAACAAAUGGCGAUCAACCUGGCGGGGCCAGGAAAGCCGACAAAGAUCCUGGGCAAAAUGUACGAGAUUUCGCCGGUGGCCUUCCCGUGGAGACCCCCAACGGCGGCAUUUGCGUCUGUGGCCAUUGCAGGCACUGCUCUCGCAACUCUCGGUUGCUUGGUGCUCCGGAAGUGGAGUGUCAGCCUCCCAAUGGAUGACGCAAAGACCCGUGCCUUGAAGCUGGCCGAGGCGGAG